UUCUUUAAUAUCAUGCAUCAUACUAAUGACAACCCUUAUCUUUUGAAUAUCUUUUCAAUUGCAAUUCAAUCAGUUACUCUGAACAGGUGACCUAGUUUUAAACCUAGCUAUUAAACAGCAUGGUAUUGUUGUCCAUAUAGGGUCAUUCUUGUUUAUUGGCCCAUUACUAAUAUAAUCUCCCAUUUAAGUUCAAACCGCUGCAUGCUUUUUCAAACUUGGCAGCACCUCAGUUGUAAUUUUCAUACACCAGUUAAAAAUGCCAUAUGGGAUACUCUAUUCUACUGCCCCUUAUGGCUGUACAGUCAUCGGCCCUUGUAAGUAUUGUUUAAAUACAACUUAAUGCUACCUGUUUAGACAGCUGUAAGGAGUUAAACGGAGAACAAUUAGAAUAGCCAACAUCUAACUGCCAACGUUGGGAAUCUGAAUGAGUAAUUUUAUUGUUUUCAAGGCUGUGAGAUAGUGUCAUAAACCCCGUGUUUAACUUGUAUACUCCUUUUACUGUAAAACUAUAAAAGGUUAAUGUAUGUUAUUGAAAGUUACAAUGGCUGCUGAAUAUGUGCUUGAACAUUAAGUUGCAGAAAAUGUAUACUCCUGAAAUGCAACACUAGACAGUUCUGCAGGCAAGUUACCCUGACCAUGUGCUACAAUAUAAAAAAAACAAAAAACACUCAGAUGAAAACAUCGGUUGCACCUGCACUACGCCUUGACACACCUCUAAGAAAACAUUUUAAGUAUGAUAUUAAAUAGUCCUUUAACAAGCAAGAAAUAAGCUUCUCUUCGUCUUUAAACCAAGCAGGUAUGGAUGUCAUGGCUGUGUGCCAGUGGUAAACAGGUGUGUCCCAUGGCAACCACUUUGUGGUUUUUAGCCUUGACUCAAACACACAAAUGAACACAAAGUUUGUGUGACUCCACAUGCCAGGAUUGCAGGAUGGCAGCUCCGUGGCUGAUCAGAUGACGAGACUCAAACUUAAACUACUGGAGAAGAGACUGGAAAACGAAAAGUACAAUAUGGACGACAGAGCAGAGUCUGCCCAGUCUGCAAGGAGUUAUGAUGGGCAGAUGGAUGCACUGCACCGGGCACUAAGGAGAAAGCAGGACCUGCUGCAAAGGUUGAGGGAGCAGCACAUGUUAGAAGACCUCAACAGACCUCACACCUGGGCAGGGUCACGAAGACAGUACCAGCCACAUUUUGUCACUGCCCCUCAGCCGCCUGCACCGCUCCCACCCAUGGCACCCACCCACAUCCAAUACCCUGCCCCUGUUCUGCCCUUCCUGCCGCCUCCGCCGCCUGCCGUGCCACAGCCUCCACGCAUCAUUCACCAGACUCUACCCCAGCAGCCUACCACCAUCAUACAACAGCUGCCCCAACAGCAGCCUCUGAUUACCCAGAUUCCCCCGCCUCAGCCGUACCCUGCACCACGAUCAGGCAGCAUCAAAGAGGACAUGGUGGAGUUGAUGCUGAUGCAAAAUGCCCAGAUGCACCAGAUUAUAAUGCACAACAUGAUGCUGAAGGCUAUGCCUCCUAUGGCCCUGUCUCCACCCAGUGGGCCCAGCCACUGUACCACCCAUCUUGGGCAGGACAGUUACCAGGGAAACCCUAUUUUUGUAAGGCCAGAUGUCAAACCAAGGGGGAGUGCCGUCCAUCAUCAUCAUCACUUUGGUCCUAUCCCUGCAGCACCACAGCUGCCUCCUAUCAGCUACCCCACAUGGUUACCAGGUGUGCCAUCUGUCCCUGCAGGACAAGCAGGGGGGCAUCUAUCCUUACACCAUGUAACAGCACCUAUUACACUCCCACCACUCAAUGCGACUGCUCUCUGAGAAUUCCCUGUUUCCAUUUAAUUUAAAGGUGCUAAACUUUUGAGAAGAGAAGCCCUGGCUGCAUAACAAUGGUCAAACAUUAUAAUGUUAUAAUAUACAAUAACUCCAGCCUAAAAAGUACCUUAUGACAUUACAAAUGCACAAAUGGAGUUGAAUCUGAUGGAAAAGUUACUAUUAUCAGAGUGUACAUAAAAAGCUAUUAUCCUGGAAGUUUUUAAAAAUGUAUGAAUGGUAUACAAAUAAAAGCAAUUUCUGCAACUUGUCAAGCUUCAACUUUGCUUUUUAUUUGUUUGCCAGUCGUCAACUUUAAUGUAAAACACCAGUCACAGGUAACAUGGGUUGUCCACUGAUUGCAGGGUGAAGAAAAAAAAGACUAACGCCCGAACAGGGACUUGAACCCUGGACCCUCAGAUUAAAAGUCUGAUGCUCUACCGACUGAGCUAUCCGGGCUCUGCGAAGAUCCCCAACCGGACAGCAUAAGAAGAUUAAAUAGUUUGCUACAUUAACAGCAACGACAUUUUGUUCAAGGUUUACAGAUUUCAUAUUUCUCCCAAUCUCCACAACGUCGAAGAGUUCAGUUCGCACUAGAUAGCAACCGAAAGUAGCAAGAUAGCCGUAUACUAGGCGGGUUACUUGUUAACAGCUAAGGGGUUAGCUGCUAACGGUUUAGCUGCUAACAGCUAACGGGUUAGCUUCUACUGGCUAGCCGUUACUCCUUGGCAACGUAACCGUUGAAACCGAAAGCAAAUGUUAAACGUAACACUGACCAAAAUCGAUUUUAUGGUGUAAUAGUAGUCAAUCAGUCCAUAAUUACCCUACUAUUAAUUAGGGGAUUCGACAUUAUUAGUCCUCUCUCAAGGUGUUAGUUGUUUUCAGUCUACACGCAAAUUCAUUGCCUUGACUUUAAUGGAUGAAAUUACAGCUGUACAAAAUGGUAUUUUACAGGGUCUAUAAAACAAACAAACAAAAAACAACAGUAAUCACUUUUAAUCUAACCGAAUCACUGUAUCCUUGACCGCAUUGUCAGUCCAGCAGUGUGACAGUGCUUCUUUAUCCCGAACCCAAUACACAACAGAAAACAACCUUGAUUCACAACUGGCAAUCAUCAUGGCACAUCCCUUUUGAUAAAUAAAAUAAUUAAAAAUAUUUAUAUAUAUAUAUAUAUAUAUAUAUAUA